ACAUCAGAAACUCUACCUGAUAAAGCAAGGAAAUAUGCGGCUCACUCCGGUUGGACAGUGAAGGCAAGGAUAUCACUGAAAAUGGCAACGACAGCCAUGAGCCAGGCGGAAACGACGACGGAGGGCUACGGAGGCGAAGAGGCUUCCACCACAGGAAACGCAACGGAGCAGAAGUUUUAUCCCGCGGACUGGGUGGUGUUUUCACUGAUGCUGGUGGUGUCUGUAGCCAUCGGCGUGGUCAGCGCUGUGAGGAACAGGAAGAAAGCCACCACUCAGGAAUUCCUGCUUGGAGGAAAGAAUAUGCCACCAGUUCCAGUCGCCAUCUCCCUUUUGGGUGGUAUAAUUUCCGCCAUCUCCAUUCUAGGUAACCCAACAGAGAUCUACUUAUACGGCACGCAGCUCACCAUCUCCCUGUUGGGCGCCAUACCGGCUACAAUCAUCAUUAACAAGAUACUAAUUCCAGUUUUCUACAACCUCAAUCUGGUUUCUCUUAAUGAGUACAUUGAGCUGCGGUACAAGAGCGUCGUCUUGCGAAAAUUGGCCACCCUGGUCACGCUGUUGACGCUUUCCAUUUACGUGGGAUUAUGCUUGUACGCGCCCUCGCUCGCCCUCUCCACUGUCACCAACCUCUCCACUUUGACCUCCAUGAUAAUUAUGGGCGCCAUCGUCACCUUCUACAUCACCAUCGGCGGCGUCAAAGCGGUGGUGUACACUGACGUGCUCCAGACGUUGCUCAUGUUCGGGGGCGUGUUCGUGGUGGUGGUGAUGUGCUGCAUUGACUUGGGAGGCGUCGGGGAGGUGUGGGCGAUAGCAGGGCGUGGCGGAAGACUUGAGUUUUUCAACAUGGACACCGAUCCUUAUGUCCGCCACACCUUUUGGUCCACAUUUACCUUGGGAUUUUUCCUCAUCAUAAAUGGAAUCGGACUGAACCAGACAACCUUCCAACGUUUUGCUUCCGUGAGAACAUUGGAAAUUUCAAAGAGGUUGUCCUGGUUCUUUCUAUUUGGGUUGUGGUGUCUCUGGAGCCUCUUCUUCUUCUCCGGUCUGGUCGCCUACGCCGUUUACAGUACGUGCGACCCCCUCACCUCAGAGAAGAUCAGUAAACCAGACCAGAUCAUUCCCUUCCUGGUAACCAAUAAGCUAGGACACAUCCCCGGAAUGGCUGGUCUCUUCGUGGCGUCUGUGUACGGCGGGGUUCUCAGCACACUUUCCUCCACGGGAAACUCUGCGGCCUGCAUGAUAUGGGAGGACUUCCUCAAACCUUUUCCUUACUUCUCGAACCUCAGUGACUCCUCAGCCACCCGCGUGGUCAAGAUCCUGUCCUCCUUCACCGGCGUGGUGGCAGUCGGUCUAGGGUUGGUCAUGGGCAAGCUGGGAAACCUAUUUCACGUUGUGCUGAGCAUAACCAGUGCCAUCUCGGCGCCCCUCUCCGGCGUGUUCCUGGCUGGCAUCCUGUUUCCUUGGGUUGAAACUAAGGGCGCACUUUCUGGCUUGCUGGUGUCCUUCUCCUACAAUGUGUGGAUUGUGAUGGGCAAGUUCUUAAGAGGCGGUGGACACCCACAAAUGUUGCCUCUUUCCACGGCCACUUGUGAGGGUUCCUUCAACGCCACCUUGGAAGACCUCGUCCAUAGCACCACGGACUCCUUAUCCCUCUACUCCACCACAGCCACCACAACGCUCGGCAUCGAAGAGGAAGCGAAAGUUAAAGACAUUUACGACACGUCCUAUUGCUACAACGGCCUCAUUGGCGUGACUUUCACCAUGGUGGUCGCCGGAAUCGUGUCUCUGCUGACAGGCCCCAACCACCCAAAGAACGUGGAGGGUGGGGUGCUCAACCCGACCUGCGAGCGACUAUAUAAGCAUGUGUGGCUCAGGUAUCACAAAACAAGAUCCUUCCGUAAUGGAGAGAUCAAUGAGAGGCAGGACCACAACGUGGAAAUGAAAAUGAUUCCCUAGUAUAAGUCUCAACUUUACUCCCCUCAAUAGCUAACACUCAGCAACAACUCGUCGAGAACCUGCUUCAAAUCACUACAGAACCAGGCCAAGUUGACAAGGAUUUGUACUGCUACUUUCGGCCUGACAGAAGAUGCAAAUUUCUACGUCUUUCAAGUAACUCAAGAAUCCCUCUUUUCUUGUUAACGAAAUGCAAGAGAGGACAAAGCUAAAAAUUACAUAUCUCCGUAGUCAACGACUCUUUGUUUACCUGGCAAUGGGUUAACUCGUUGCCAAGACUGAACGCAAAUAGAGUUAGAAAAUUAUGCGUAAUAUACUAAAUAAUAUGAACAGUAAUCAGAUCUGGCGAUCUCGGCGACCCAAAUUCAAGUCUCACCGGAAGCUGGCCAUUUUUUUUUUUUUUAAGGUAUCGUCGAUGGCCAAAAAAUAUCAAUAUCUUUCGCAUCGACCCUGUCUUCGACGGUGACUGCACUGGGGAUGUCGGGAACAGACAGCAGUAUCUGUAAAGGCUUCACUUAAAAAAUCAUGCCCACAUCACCACGAGCAGAGGUCGACCACCCAUAAAUAGAAUGAGGCGACCAUCUAAAUACCGAAUACAGAAGACUUGACUUUCGGGCCUGUGCUCCAAGAACAUUUGAACUGCGUCUUUAAUUGUAGAUUCACUUCGUAUUUUGAGUAUACAUAGUACGAGAAUAUCUUUAUUUGACUGGCGAAUUAUCGAUUAUAAAGAAUAUGUUCUUAUAAAAAUUUAUGAAAUACAAUUGUUCAUAUUCAAAUUAUUAUGCUCACUAUUAUGUCGGAGCUCUUCCCUAAGUGUAAUCGUAGUGACAUUCAUGUUAAGUCUGAUUUCAUAUUUCAUGAAUAACACAACUGCUUCCUGCCAACUGUUCAUACACUUGUCGAGAUUCUCUCUUGCAUAUAAUAUUCCUUAAUGGGUAUAUCCUACCCUUGGCAGUUACUCUUCUACAGUUUGUGUAAAUUACAAUCACAAUUUAUCUGUCCCAUUCCAGGAAUGGAAACUGAGGUUGUGUUCAAAGCCUGUAUAUGCUCCUAUCUAAACAAAAACCUAUUUUGUAA